GCUUUUUAUACAUGGCAUUAUUAACCUUUUAUACUAACUUAAUCAACUUAGCCGUUUCACGUUACCUUAUUAUACGAAAUGAAAAAAAAAGAUUUAACCUAAGUUUCACACACCAUACAUUUAUACUCACAUGUUUUUAACCCUUUAUUCUUGUUAUUCAUAAAGCUUUAUACCAAAUCUCUUUAAUGAGUGACAACUUAUCUGCUCAUAUUAUCUUCGUGCUUGGACAUAUAACUUUACCAAUCUCAUGGGCGGGCUACCUGACCCGACGGUCGACCUUGACUGGUCGGGGUAUGUUGGCUCAAUCCAUGAGCGUUUUCAGGCUUCCGCAAAGAGGUUUCCCAAUAAUACAUGUGUCUUAGAAACAAAAUCAUCAACCCAUCCUGAGAGAUGUUUUACCUACAGCCAGAUAUAUGAGGCUUCCAACACCCUUGCUUGGUACCUUCACAAUGCCGGCAUCAAGAAUGGGGACGUUGUCAUGAUUUGGGCCCAUCGAUCGGUUGAUCUGGUCGUUGCAUUAAUGGGUACUUUGGCUGCCGGUGCUACCAUGACUGUGCUGGACCCUGCUUAUCCCCCAGCUAGGCAGAAGAUAUACCUUGAGGUAUCUCAGCCACGAGCCCUGAUCAAAAUUGGCCGUGCAACCGAUGAGAAUGGUCCUCUGGCCGACCUGGUGCAGAACUAUAUUGACCAAGAGCUUCAAUUGAAGGCGCAAGUGCCCGAUUUACGCCUCCUCGACAAUGGUAUCCUUUCUGGAGGGCAGGUGGAGGCCCAAGACAUUUUUGACAACAUCAGGAAAUCUGCAGCAGCGCCUCCUAAUGUGGUCGUUGGUCCAGACUCAAACCCUACACUGUCCUUUACAUCAGGCAGUGAAGGCCGACCAAAAGGGGUUCUUGGUCGUCAUUUUAGCUUGACCAAGUACUUCGGUUGGAUGGCCGAGCGCUUUCAUCUGUCAUCUGAAAGUCGAUUCACCCUUCUCUCUGGCCUUGCCCACGACCCUGUACAGAGAGAUAUAUUUACCCCGCUCUUCCUAGGAGCACAGCUCCUUGUCCCAUCCAAAGAGGAUAUCCAGCACGAGAAACUCGCCGAGUGGAUGCGAGAAAUGAAGCCUACUGUCACGCAUCUCACACCCGCAAUGGGUCAAAUUCUAGUGGGAGGCGCAACGGCUGAAUUUCCUAGCUUGGAACACGUCUUUUUUGUCGGCGACGUAUUAACCACCAGGCAGUGCCGGUCCCUAAGACAGCUCGCCGUGAAUGCCAACAUUAUUAAUAUGUAUGGCACUACUGAGACUCAGAGAUCUGUUAGCUACUUCGAAGUCCCGAGCCGAGCAAGGGACCCUGACUUUUUAGCGACACUUAAGGACACUGUUCCAGCUGGACAAGGGAUGCAAAAUGUCCAGCUUCUGGUUGUCGAUAGGGAAAACCGAACCCGACAAUGCCAGGUUGGGGAGGUAGGCGAGAUAUUUGUCCGGGCUGCUGGACUUGCCGAGGGCUAUCUGGGGGAUGAGGGGCUCAAUGAGCAGAAAUUCCUAAUGAACUGGUUCGUCAACAACGAGAUGUGGGUUGAAGCGGAUAAGAGCACGAGCAAAGGUGAACCCUGGCGAACGUACUACAAAGGCCCAAGGGAUCGCCUCUACCGUACAGGCGAUCUAGGACGAUAUCUUCAGUCCGGAGACGUCGAAUGUACUGGUCGUGCAGAUGACCAGGUCAAAAUUCGUGGUUUUCGAAUCGAGCUAAACGACAUAGACAGCAAUCUAAGCCAGAACCCCCUGAUUCGAGAUUGUAAAACACUCGUGCGGAGAGAUCGAAAUGAGGAGCCAACUUUAGUAAGCUACCUGGUCCCAGAGGCAGCUGAGUGGCGCCGUUGGGCUUCAGCUCGGGGAGUAGAGGAGGUGGAAGAUGAAGGCGUUGAGAUGGGGCCCACACGGGUAUUUUUGAAAAAAUAUCGGAGUAUGGAGACUGAAGUACGCGACCACUUGAAGUCUAGACUCCCGGCAUAUUCAGUACCGAGCAUCUACAUCGUCCUUGAAAAGCUCCCCUUAAACCCUAACGGCAAGGUUGACAAACCAAAUCUUCCAUUCCCAGAUGUCAUCGAGCGCGUUGAAGAUGCUUCAGAGGAAGACUUGAGAAGUUGGGAAUCACUAACAGAUAUGGAACGUUCAGUGGCCCAAAAGUGGGCAGAUCUCAUUCGCGGUCUGAAUCCGAGAACCAUUAGACGGGAAAAUAACUUUUUUGAUCUCGGUGGACAUAGUUUAUUAGCUCAGCAACUGCUAUUUGAAGUUCGAAAGGGCUUAGGGGCAGACGUCUCCAUUAAUUCCUUCUACGAGCACCCAGACCUAGCCAGUUUCAGCUCUCACGUGGAGAAGAGAGCUCAGGAAACUGAUGUUGUGGAUAGUAGCACCGGAAAUAAGCCAGAGGGGGAUCCGGCUUACGCCCUAUCGCUAGACGAGCUACUGAAUCGCCUGGAUGAUAAUUAUCAGCCAGUGGAUCUCGAGACAAUCGAUCCAUCUGUAUGUUUGACAGUCUUCCUUACAGGCGCAACCGGGUUCUUGGGAUCCUACCUUGUGAAGGAUAUCCUUGACCGGACAGCCCGCAGCGUUAGGUUGAUCGCACACGUGCGAGGUGUCAAAGAUUCAACGGCAGCGCUUCAAAGACUUCGCCGUUCUCUUCAAGGUUAUGGUUUGUGGAACGAUGACUGGGCGGAGAGACUGAGCGCAGUCGUGGGUGACUUAUCACAACCUCAAUUAGGUAUCGACCAAUCUACCUGGCAACAACUAUCACGGGAAGUCGAUGUGGUCAUACACAAUGGAGCCACUGUCCACUGGAUUAGAAAGUACGAAGACAUGAUGCCGUCUAAUGUGCUGUCGACUAUCGAUGCGAUGAAGCUCUGUAACGAAGGGAAGGCUAAGGCCUUUUGUUUUGUUAGCUCAACUAGUGUUCUUGAUACAGAUUUCUAUAUCAAACUGUCCGAAGAACAGACUAGAACUGGGCAGGGGGCUGUGAUGGAAAAUGAUGAUAUGCAGGGAAGCCGAACUGGACUGGGGACAGGAUACGGCCAGACUAAGUGGGUGUCGGAACAACUUGUUCGAGAGGCUGGGAAACGAGGCCUCCGAGGUUCAGUUGUUCGACCCGGGUACGUACUGGGCGAUUCUCAGACUGGCGUCUGCAACGUGGACGAUUUCCUCAUCCGAAUGUUGAAAGGCUGCAUACAGCUUGUAGCACGCCCGCGUAUCAUCAAUACUGUCAACGCCGUCCCUGUGAACCAUGUUGCCCGAGUUGUCGUGGCUGCUGCCCUCAAUCCACUGCAGGGUGGAGUACAUGUUGUUCACGUCACCGCUCACCCGCGUCUUCGCAUGAACGAGUAUUUAUCGAUAUUAGAGUACUACGGCUACAAGACGCCAGAAGUCAGUUACGAUUCCUGGAAGCAGGAGCUGGAGAGGUUUGUGUCGGCGGGUACCUUGGAGAAAGACCAAGAACAGCAUGCCCUCAUGCCGCUGGCACAUUUUUGUAUGAAUGAUCUUCCUGCGACUACUCGUGCCCCGGAGCUAGACGAUAGGAACGCAUCCUCAGUGCUGAAGACAGACGGGACUAGAUGGACAGGAAUAGAUGAGAGUUCGGGCUACGGAAUCACUAGGGAGGACGUUGGGCGAUAUCUUCGGUAUCUUGCCGAGAUCAGAUUUAUUGGCCAACCAACUGAAAGAGGCAGACAGUUACCUGAGCUCAGUGCGCACAUAGUGCAAGCGGUAGCGGUGGGUGGUAUUGGAGGUCGCGGGGGCGCUUCCUAACCCAACCUACUCUACGACUCAAGCCUCGGAUCAGCUAGGUAUGUACCUAGUUAGAUAAGUAUUAUCGAGACAUCACAGAAUGUCUCAAGAGCACUAUGGUUUCAACCGCUUGAAAUCAUCACCACUAAUCUAUGCGGGAGGCUUUGAGGGCCUUGCUUGGCCUACAUAUACUGAAAUUCACAAUGUGCUACUCAGAGAAUAA